AUGAAACGAAUUGGCAUUUUCGUCUGUUUGAUGAUUCAUUUUGCACAUCCAAACAAACCUAAUGAAACUUGUGAAUGUGGAAUUGCGGGAAAGAAUCGUCGUAUCGUGGGUGGGAAUACAGUUCAACCCCAUCAGUAUCCAUGGCUAGUGGCUCUGAUGCUGGGAUCGAAAUUACAUUGCGGAGGAGCAAUUAUUACUGACAUGCAUGUACUCACUGCUGGACAUUGCAUCACAUUUGGAGUUCAUUAUCGAGACCUAUCAGUACACGUUGGGAUGCACGAUCGUCUUGAAUCGUCACAUAGUGUUCUUCGACUGUCCAAUGGAGUUAAACAUCCAAAAUUCACAUCAAAUGCUGUACGUGAUAUUAAUGACAUAGCAGUAUUGACCCUUGAGAAGAAACUGAAGUUCUCUGACAAAGUUCGUUCUAUUUGCUUACCCGCUGAAGAUAUGGAUUUCCGAGAUAUACCCCUAACAGUAGCUGGUUGGGGGAAAACCAGACAAGGUGCACUAACCUCUUCUCGUUACUUAUUAGAAACGAGAGUAAAAAUAGUUUCUAGUCAUAUAUGUACCAAAUCUUCCAUAUAUAAAGAUAACCUUGUUCCGGAUACAAUGAUGUGUGCAUAUAGCUUAGGAAAGGAUGCUUGUCAGGGUGAUAGCGGUGGGCCAAUAUUUUCAUCACAUUAUAAAACUCAACACAAGAAAUGGUAUCAAGUUGGUAUUGUUUCGUGGGGGAUCGAUUGCGCCAUGCCAGAUUACCCGGGAGUGUACACAAUUGUGUCCAAAUACAUACCUUGGAUAAAGCAACAAACAAAAGAUGGAUUAUCCUGCGCC